AUGUCCACUGGUUCAGGGAGCCUCUCCGUAUUGGCAGUUGAGCAGUCAUUCUUGUCACAGCCAUCAUCCUCAUCAUCCUCAUCGUUGAACUUUAUUCCCAACCACGAGUUGUCAGUACACGAUUACUUUUCCGAUUCCUGGCUACUUUCUCGGUCCGAUUUUCUCAAAAUGAACCCGCAAAAGAUUGGAAUCGUAGAGGAUGCAUGCUUGGUGGCUUCUGGAAAGACGAAACCCUUGGCAAGAUCCAAAAUGUUGGUGGACUGGACGGAAUUUUCGGUGGAGCAUCUUUCCAAGUGGUGGAAGUGGUUGUUCAUUUUAGAGGAUUCCAAUUCCGCUACCUUUGACAAGGUAAUUUCCUUUUUGGAAAACUAUUUGCGCAAGUUAGCAUCAUCAUCAUCAUCAUCAUUACUGAAAACACAAGGUCAAUCAACAACACCACCACCACCAACAACAACAACACCUCUGCAUCCGACCAUUGCAAUGGUUGCUUUUGCACCAUAUGUUGGCAAGCUGGAGGAUCGAGCGGACAAGCUAACAUCCCAUGCUUUGGCUGCAACUCUUGGAUCCCUCUACAAAGUAGGCUUUGGACGAAUCGUUGUGACUUGUCAUGGUGACCAUGAUCAAGUUCUAGUGGAAGAGGCGUUUCGAUUGUUGGCAUCGUAUGCAGUUCCUUCUUCUCCUGUGACGAUCAUCACUGGAGUAACGGUAUUAUUGGGGCAGACGGAAAUUGCAUGUGUGCAGAUCAACGAUGAAACCUGGCUCAAGACCAAAUGGGUAGAUUUCAACAUGCCACGAGCGGCAGUACUGGGAAUGCGGCUCUCGUUGAUGGGACGACUGCCCGGACGCGCCGAGUGGCUUGGAACGUUGCAGGAUCCUUCCUACUGGAGAUAUGUCUAUCUGACCGAACCGGACACCAUCUUGUACACGAAACCUUCGGUUCUGCCACUUUUGAAGCAAGGACUGGAUGAUGGACUUGCAUUCUUUCCCCAUCGCCUGCAACCUCUGCCUCACGAAUCGGAUCUUCCUACCUCGCUUGAUCGACACCAGUCGGACCCGUAUGCUGGAAGCUUUCUUCCAAAUGUCGGAUCCUUUUCCAACCUGACAUUGCUGACAAAAGACGAUCACUGCUGCGAUGAGGGCAAUUUUUUAUUGGACAAUAGUGAUCAUGGGUACAACUACUAUACGUUUGAAGAUUGUGGGCGUUGGUGGUCUUGCGGGUUUGUUGAUCCAAAUACUCUGCAAGCAACCUUGAGCCUUGCUGAGGUGGAGGAUCGACACCGACGACUACUCCCGUACACCCCUCUCCUCCGUCUGGAAGAGGGUAUGGCGAUUGUCUUUGGAUCUACAGAACGUGGACGAAAGUGCAGACCAUCCAAGAGGCCGUGUAGAGGCCGUUCUUGA